AUGACUUUUAAGGUGUUCCGACAUGGCGAUCGAUCGCCCAUUGAGUCGUAUCCCAGGGAUCCUCAUGGGAGGAGUGUGGGCUCAAGGCUUCGACAGCUGACUGAGCUGGGCAUGAAACAACAGUUUGAGCUGGGCCGGUUUCUACGGAGGCGUUAUGACAACUUUCUCAGUGAGGACUACAACAGCAAAGAGGUUUAUGUGAGGAGCACUGACUACGACCGCACUCUGAUGAGUACCCAGGCAUGCCUUGCUGGGAUGUUCCCCCCAACCAGACGCCCGCCUCCCAUCAUGCCCCAGUUACUAUGGAGGCCUAUUCCAGUGCACACCGUCCCCAGGGACCAGGACAAGCUGUUGAAGUCUCCAGGCAAAGACUGUCCAAGGUUCGGAGCUCUGAUGACGGAGACCUUUGAGAGCGAGCACUACCAGAGGUUCCUCAGGGCUCACCGGUACUUUGUGGAGGGACUUUCCAACCACACUGGCUACCCUGUCUCCAAACUGGUUGGCAAAAAGAUAUGGAGGGUCCUCGACACUCUUACCUGUCAGCGGAUCCAUAACUUGACUCUCCCACGCUGGGCCACCCAAGAUGUUCUGGACACCCUGAAGAGGAUUGCAUCAUUUGAGGUCAUGUACAGCAUCCUCAGUCACAAGCGCAAAGAGAAGGCCAGGCUCUCGGGAGGGGUGCUGCUGAAUGCCAUUCUGAGGAAUUUCUCCAGGGCCGUAGACCAAGGGAGCACUCUCAAAUUCAUUAUGUACUCAGCUCAUGACUCUACCCUCAUCACCCUCCAGGCGGCUCUGGACGUGUACAACGGCCUUCUUCCUCCUUAUGCUGCCUGUCAACUCUUUGAGUUCUACCAGGAGUAUGAUGGUUCCUAUUCUCUGGAGCUGCAUUACCGCAAUGACUCCUGGCGCGACCCCUACCCCAACCCCGUGGCGGGAUGCAAGGCUCUGAGCCCCUGCCCUCUGUCCAUGUUCACUGAGCUGGUGCGGGACGUGGUGGCAGAGGACUGGGAGGCUGAGUGUGGGUUUAGGACCAGAUUGUCAAGCACAAGUGUCAUAACAGCUCUUGCAGUGACUGUAGGUCUCCUGGCAGUGGCGCUGUUGUUCAGCAUAGUCGUGGCAAUCAAUAGGAGGAGAGCACACUACUCCAGGGAGGUGUAG